CAGUUGGUGGCGGUAAUGCACCAUUUCGUUGUUUGCCAACCGCCAACAAAAUUCUAUAAAGAAGAAGAAGGAAGAGCAACUCGACUGUGUCGCAGCCUGGUCGCACCUAGCUUUCUCCUAAUCGACAGUUGGUCUUUGAUUGUUGACUCACUUCCAAAGAUGGUUCGACCACAUUUUGGACCACCGCGCCUAAAGCCCAGACCUUACGGAGAUGGUCACGGCGUUGGCUCUAGUGAAGGGAAUUACAACCCCAAUUCCAAAAGUCGAAGAGAUGUCCAGGGGUACCCAGCAAAGGCCCCUUUUAACUGGCGAGAUUCCAGAGGUAGAGGACGUCCCCCAGUUACCAGGAGAGUCCCCCUGAUGGGGGAGCAGAGGGAGCCACGUUUCAACCACUGGAGGUCCUCUAAUCAGGAUUCCUUUCAAUCAUACCCUGCCAAAAUUGAACCACACCAUAGCCAGAGGAGGCCUUCUCCAUCUAGGCAAAACCGCUCCCCCCAUGUCCAGCAUCAGUCAUCCUCUCGCAGUCCUGCACAAGCAUCCCCGGGUCAAAGGGGCCCACCUUUCCAUGGCCACCCCUCAGGUCACCGGUCACCCUCCCCGAGACACUUUCGCAGCCACCCAGCUGACAGGAGGCCAGGAUCUACACCAGCUUACCAGGGGUCUUUCAGGGGCAACAAAAGGCAGUCAGGUUUUCAGCAUCAGGAGCAGCGGAGCCGAGACCCUCGUGGAAAUUACAGUCCCAGAGAAAGGCCCAAUGAGCACUCAAGUCAUGGCAUGAAGCGCUGGGACGAGGCUGGACCGUUCUCUCAUCCACACAAUGGAGAGCACGGGCCCUCUGGUUCACAGAGGGGCCCCAGAGAGAUGCAUGGGAGAGGCUCCUGUCCACAGAGGUGGUCAUCUGAGCAAGACACCAGGCGGCAGCGUGGUCCGGUGGAGAGGCAGGGCAGCAGAUCCCACAGUAGAGAGAGGGCACAAGAUGUCUCUCACCCGCCCCCCUUCAGAACCCCCUCAUGGAAAGGAGGUCCAGCACCGUCAACCUCCUACAACAGGAGCCCUCAGGAGAGGCAAGUGGCAGGACCCCGCAAGAGGAGGAUAUCAGACAUCAGCAUGCCCUCCCCAAACCCUGCACUGGAGCAUGGCAAUCCAAAAUACCCCAGGAGAGAGAGACCUCAGCUGCUCGGUAUUCCCAGGCCGUUUGGUGGUAAACCAUUGUCUCUUAGAGAUAAAAGUUACCUGAUUAAGAGCAGACAAGUCAGAGCAGAGUCUCUCAUGGGGCUCAGAAUACCUCCUUCUGUGAAACCCAGACCUCGCCUGGGCGACUCUGCUUCACGGGGGAAUGUUAGUUCUGUUUUUGCUAUCAGAAAGAAACGUUUCCAGUCAAAUGCGGUUCCCCUGAGAAACCUGGAACCAAGGAGGGCAAAACCACAAGAGUCACCCCGCAGAGAAGAAAGCAAUGCCAGCAAGUCUUCAAGAGACUCUGAUACAGGCAAAGAACAGGUGGAGUCUCGCCGGUCCUUGAACACACACAGAUCUUCUCCCAUAGAGAAACGUGACCUUGUUGUUUUGUCCCACUGGCCACCUGGGCCAAGCUCCUCCUCUAAGGACGGCUCACCUCCAAAAGAUCGCAGCCCAAAACCCAAGUCUGAACACAGUUCAGAUGCAGAUACCACACUGAACAGCCGACUCUCAAGGACGAAUGAUUCUGAAGACCGAAAACGGGGCUAUUUGGAUAAGAAGAUGUUCAGGCCAUUUAAUAUGAUGCAGGACUGCCAUAGACCUGGGAGGCCCUUCAGGAGACCAGGACAAGGACCUGGACCAGGACCCAUGCAGAGACCAAAGUUCAUUGGUGGUCCAAGGAAGACAGGCCCUGAACUAUCUUCAAAUGUUAGAAGACCACUCAUGGAGAGCUUGGUGCCACGUCCCUUCCCAAAUCAGAGGCCAGUGUUCCGAAAAAGUCACAGUAUCAUGUCCAAAUACCGCACCAUGAGAGUGAUGCGUCAGCGCCCACCGUACAACCGAGGACCCAACCAGCAACGCUGGUGAGAAUUUCCGCACAGGUCCCACAAUGUGCAGACAUGAUACUGGAAAACAUCAAGAUUAUCUCCGCUUGGUGUGGGCCGCACAAACCCAUCUCUCUCUACAAUCUCAACCUACCUGUAAAUAAUUGAAGUGUUGUUGCUUACAUUUGUUAUCUGGUGUUACAGUUGUCUUUGAAGUACUGCAGUACUUUUUGUUUUAGAAUAUUUGUAACAUCCUACAACAUUGUACUGUGCUGCUUUUGACUGGUGUUUAAUUAUUUGGGAAUUGCUGCUUGUGAGUUUAUUUUACAUUUAAUAGUUUUAGCUUUUCUUUUUUUUUCUUUUUUUUUGACCUGCAGCAUUCAAUUUCAGAUUGAAGUCCAAGCAGUGUUUACUAUCUCACCUUUUUAUUGUUUGUAAAGACUUAUCACAUGAGAUGUCCUAUUUGAUUAAUCAUGGGUGUUGAUUAGAAACUGCUGCUUGUCACAAGACACUUAGCUACUACUUGUAAAACUUGUAUAAUCACAUGUUCAGUUUAUUGUUUGAGACUUGAAAUAAAAUCAGAUUUAACAAGC